UCAUUGGCUGCGCAAAAGACACCCCCUCGUAAAUGUUCCAGGCGAACUGCAUGUCAAGUUUAAGCCAGCCGCUACAUACGCAGAUAAUGUCCCCAUUUCAACACAGACUAACGUUUUUGCUUUGACGAUGAACUGCAGCACAUUUAGACGCCUUAUCUUAGGAGCACAGACCGCGGCUGAGGCCUGCACAAAGCGGGCAGUUCAACAGACAUGUGGGAGAUACAGAUUGUGUCGAUGGUAUUCUGGUGUCACUCAUGAAGAGAAAAGGCUGGAGCAGGUCGGAGAGCUUAUGGUUCCAGGUAGUCAGAGGCGAGUCCUGAAGGAUGUCCUGCCUUUCUCAGCGUUCCUUAUGGACUCCUUUGGACGCAGACAUAAUUACCUUCGCAUUUCUCUCACUGAGAAAUGUAACCUCCGCUGUCAGUACUGUAUGCCGCAGGAAGGGGUAACGCUCACCCCUCGCUCUCAGCUCCUAACAGCAGAGGAGUUGUUGAUGUUAGCCAGACUCUUUGUACGAGAGGGGGUAAACAAGAUACGACUGACUGGAGGAGAACCUCUCAUUCGCCCAGACGUUCUGCCUAUAAUAGCGGAACUGAGGAAGUUGGAGGGUCUACAGACCAUUGCAGUCACCACAAAUGGGAUGAAUUUGACCCGACUGUUGCCCAGUCUAAAGAAGGCUGGAGUGGAUCUACUCAACAUCAGUCUAGACACUCUGGUCCCUGCAAAAUUUGAGUUCAUCGCUAGACGAAAAGGGUUUCAUAAAGUGAUGGAGGGCAUUGAAAAGGCUAUUGAAAUGGGCUACAAUCCAGUCAAGGUGAACUGUGUGGUCAUGAGAGGUUUGAAUGAAGAUGAGUUGAUUGACUUUGUGUCGCUGACAGAGAGGAAACCAUUUGAUGUGAGAUUCAUAGAGUACAUGCCUUUUGAUGGUAACAGAUGGAAUUUCAAGAUGAUGGUGAGCUAUCAGGAGAUGCUGGACUUUAUAAAGCAAAAAUGGCCCAAUCUGGUUCCUGUGCCUGGAGAGGAAACGGAUACAGCCAAGGCGUUUAGAGUACCAGGAUUUCGGGGCCAGCUGGGCUUCAUUACCUCCAUGUCAGACAAUUUCUGUGGCUCCUGUAACCGCCUGCGCAUUACGGCUGAUGGCAACCUUAAGGUUUGUUUGUUUGGAAAUUCAGAGGUGUCUUUGAGGGAUUUUCUGCGCUCUGGAGCAACUGAAGAGGAACUACUGCACAUCAUAGGGGCAGCAAUCGGGAGGAAGAAGAAACAGCAUGCGGGGAUGUUCAAUAUUUCUCAGAUGAAGAACAGGCCAAUGAUCCUCAUUGGUAGAGAAUGCAACUGGCUGCUGUCGGUACCUCUGUUUAGAGGCAGUCAGAGGCAGCCUCUUCCUCUGAUCCACUGCAUGGAUUCAGCAGCCUCUGCUACAACUCACUCAUUAACAAAUUCUGUUCAACACUUUCGUGGUAAUGCCCAUCAGGACUACACAAGCACUUUUGUUAAUGAUACACUAGGUUUGACUCUUUGUAAAAAGCAUAAUCGACCAAGGUUUCGUUCUAUGAAAAGAUUGAACAAUCAAAGGCAAAGUCGUGCAGCCUCAGAGGCACUUUGCAGUGAAGUGAUGACCGGAUCUUAUCAUCACGUGAAUGCUGGUGCCUUAAAAAAACCCACAGCUUCAACUCUUCAUACGCACAUUUUGCGCUGGGGGUCUCAGCCACCACAGCUACAGUCCAAAACAUUUCCUCCCGUCAUCUUUCUGAGUGCACUACUGUCAACGUCCAAAUGUAGAGAUUCAGCUCUGCAGUUUGCACGGCACUACCGCAGCAAAACCCCUGAAUGUGGGUUUGAUUUGAAAACACCACAUACAGAUGCACAGUCCUCCGGCCUUGAUGGAACCUCUGAUCAGUUGACCCACACUGAUGCACAGGGUAAAGCCUCCAUGGUCAACGUGGGCGAUAAGGCGGUAACUUGUCGCACAGCCAUGGCUUGUGGCAAGGUCGUCCUGGGCCCAAAAGCUUUUAAUUUGGUGCGUGCCAAUCAGCUUGCCAAGGGCGAUGCACUAGUGGUAGCACAGCUAGCGGGCAUCAUGGGUGCCAAGCAGACCUCAUCUCUCAUUCCCCUCUGCCACCCGCUUCCUCUCGACCACGCCUCCGUUACCAUAGAGCUGCUGGAGGAAGAACAUGCUGUCAUCGUCAAGGCAACCUGCCAAACCAUGGGCCGCACAGGAGUGGAGAUGGAGGCCCUGACCGCCGUUGCGGUGGCUACACUAACCCUCUAUGACAUGUGCAAGUCAGUCAGCCAUGACAUUCUUAUUACUGACAUCAAGUUGCUCAGCAAGACGGGCGGACAGAGAGGUGAAUUUCAUUGGUCACCUGAUUCCUAAAGAACGCAUAAACCGCUGGCUUAAUCUCACCUGUUUGAAUGUCGCUACAGUAUUUAUCUUUUUAGAAUGACACCAGUUUUCUGUAACAAAAUGUGCCUUCGCAUGCCUCUAUAGUUAAUCUACUUAUUGUCAUUUUUACUAUUCCUUUGUCCAUUCCAAGCAUGAAAUGUAACUUACUCAAGACCUGACAUAUAAAGAAUACUUUAUUUCAGUCUAUAUUUAUUUUGAUAAUGAUAAUGCAGCUAAUGAUACUGCAUUUCGAAAGGUUGUCACAGUUUUCACCAUUUGAGCAAACUUAUAUUUGCACUGAAAAGUGUUUGCAUAAAUGAGCAAAACCAAGCAGCAAAUGUUUAUCCUGUGAGUGAACUAUCCCUUGAAACUAAAACACAACCCACCUGACAGUGUGCAGGUAUCCAAAAUGCAAUUUUAUAGAGUGCUGCAGGGUUUACACAUUUUGCAGGACAACAACCAGGAAUAAGCAUUUUAGCAUGUCUGGUUCCUUUUUUUUCUUUUUAAAUAAAGACUGAAAGUCUUGUUGGAAGCUUGUUUAUAGUCUUUGUUUAGCUUUUUACUUUUGCAGAUUGUAUUUAGGAUUUAAAAAGUUGUUAAAGUUGUGUGAGGAUUAUUGUGAUGAUGUAAGAAUCAAACUUUUGUUGUUUAUGGUUUGGCCUACAAAAAUAUGUCAUCACUGUAGCACUCUAUUCAAAAGGCUUGCAUUGACAAUUCGCUAUUGGCCUAAAUACUGUUACAGUAUUUUCUUAUAAAACAUCCACUUUCUUUUAGAUUACAUUAUUUCUGGUUUUGUGUACACUGUUUUUGUGUAGUCUUUCAUGUAACGAGCAGAACUAAUUCAUUACAGUAUUUGUGACAGUAGUUGUAUAAACUAACAUUCUGCUUGUUUCAUGAACGAGGCCCAUAUUUAAUAAAAUAAUGUUUUUUGUAUUCAUUUAAAGUUUUUCAAAAAAGUGUUUUUGAAAUGGAAUACUUUCAUGAUGUCCUGCUACAAAAAUUCACCCUGUGACUUGUCUGAACAAACAAGAAUACAGUGAAAAGAUUAAUCACCUUCAUUGUUAUUUUUCUUUUAUACAUAAAGCUGAAAUCACUAAAUCUGAACAUUUGUCAGAAUGCUGUUCAUCAUAAUUUUCUAAUAUAAUUGAUGUUGACAAUGUGUAAUAUGUUCCAUGUCUAAACUGCAAUAGUUGGUUUGGCUAAAAUGUUUGAAUGAUGGAUGUGUUUGGUAGCCAGAGACUUAAUUUUUAUUUAUUUCUUUUUUGGUCUUGGUCAAUUGUAACGGACAUCGAUUAAACUAAUUUAAAUAAUGGCCAUGUUUAAAACUGUGAUGUGCUAGAGACUUCUGUAUGUUGGACCAGAAGUUGCUGUUUGAUUGGUCAGAUUUAUAACUGGUUCUUUCUGUGAUCAGAAGAGAACAGUGUUGCACCAUGAGAAACAUCUAAUGCAACCAUGAGAACUGCCAUUACUAAAUGGAUGACUGUCUGCCUAGUAUAUUCAUAGUACAAAGACAUAUAUGGGAUUUAAGAGCCAGCUGUACAGAAGUGUAACCCAAAGUAAAGAAUUUACCCAGAUGUCAUUGAAACAAGUUUAUUUUUACCCUACAAAAUGUCACAUGGAAAGGGGGUCAGGUGGAGGGGUUGAGGGUCGGACCAUAAACAAACAUAUAUAUAAAUGAAAGGCUUGUCAUUCUCAUACAAACUAUCUAACAAAUAUUAAAUCACAAUAUAGUUAUAUCAUUUCUUUCAUAGUGCUGUGUAUACAUACAAAAUAUAGCAAAAUAACUAAGCCAAAUAAAUAGAGCUUCAAUUUACAGGGGGAAAGAAAAAUCCUCAUUCCACAUUCCUCAAACUUCAGUUUCACCUUUUUUUUAAUUCUUUUUUUUCACAUGACCAUGAUGGUGUACAAAAUAUGUUGAGAACUAUACAUCUAUUAUGUGAGGCCCUUGUCAAAUCAACCUUUAAAAUGGUGCACUUGGCACAAAUACAACCUGUCUAAAUCAUAGGUGGAGCAUUCCAUGAACACAUUCAAAGUGUGAUGCGUUUCUUGUCACAGAUAAUAAUACACCAAUAUAUGAUCAGAGAACCACUCCUAUGCCCCACUCGAGCCAAUAGGGAAAACAUCAAGUGCCAAACAGAAGUGGGAGGCAAAACAUAUUUCAAAAAUAUCUAAAAUAUAAAAGUGAGUUUAGGCAGUUGGCAUGGUGCUUUCAGAUGCAGUCUUAUAUAUUUAUCUUGUUGUAAUGUACCAAAGAUAAUCAGUUUUCUUUACCAU